AGCCAUAAUCGAACACUAAAUAGACUUGUGUAGCCCCGGCAGGUCGAGGGUCUGCGGGGUGACCACAACAAACAGACUCGCCGCCCGGCCCGCUGCUUCCCUGCUGCCCCUCCGUCUGCCGCGCUGAGAGAACACCAUGAGCUCCAUAGGCACAGGGUAUGACUUGUCGGCAUCACAGUUCUCCCCUGAUGGACGUGUGUUCCAGGUAGAAUAUGCCCAGAAGGCCGUCGAGAAUAGUGGGACAGCCAUUGGCCUAAGAUGUAAAGAUGGUGUUGUAUUUGCAGUUGAAAAAAUCAUCACAUCAAAGUUGUAUGAACGAGGCGCAAACAAGCGAAUUUUCACCAUUGACACACAUGCUGGUUUGGCAAGUGCAGGGCUGCUAGCAGAUGCCAGAGCUGUUGUGGACGUGGGCAGAGCAGAGGCAGCUAAUUAUCGAGCUGAAUAUGGAAGACCUAUUCCCUGCAAGUUCCUGGCAGAGCGUGUCAGUUCCUAUCACCACGCCUACACCCUGUACUCCGCUGUGAGGCCCUUCGGCUGCUCCAUCAUGAUUGGGGUCUAUGAUGAAGAUGGACCACAGAUGUACCUCAUUGACCCCUCAGGAAUGUGUCAUGGUUACUGGGGCUGUGCAAUUGGCAAAGCUAAGCAGAAUGCAAAGACAGAGAUUGAGAAGUUGAAGUUGAAGGAUUUGACCUGCAAGGAACUUGUUAAAGAGGCGGCCAAAAUCAUUUACCUGGUUCAUGAUGAAGUAAAGGACAAGUUGUUUGAGAUGGAGCUGUCGUGGGUGUGUGAAGAGUCUGGAGGACGCCACCAGUUUGUCCCUGACGCCAUCUACAAGGAGGCGGAGCGGUAUGCCAAGGCUGCCCUGGAGGAAGACUCCUCAGAUGAAGAUGAAGAAAUGUAAAGGGGUGUGUUGGUAUACUGAUUAGUGUUUUAUCAUAAGUUGUAUUGUUAGAACUGAUUAUGACAGCAUUAUGUUUGUGGGAACUGCUGUACAUAUUGUAAAAAAAAUCUAUACACUUUUUUUAAGUGUAAUCCUGGAAACAUUCUCCUCUAAUAAAGAAAUUAUAGGAACAUUCAUAUAAAACAAUAUGUCAUUGUCUUAAAAAUGUGAACCAGUGAGUAUUUAAUAAGAGUAACUAGUGUGAAGAAAAUUUUGCAUGCAUUGCAUAAAAUAAACAAACCCCACCUUCUAAAUAGCUAACAGACACACUCAUUCAAAAUACAAAUUUUUCUAUGAUUUAAUACACUAAAAAACACUGUGAGAAAAUAAAGCUUCUUAUGAA